AUAAAAGUGUUUUAAAUGUUAUGGAUGUAUAAAUUACAUAUGCGAUAAUUGUAUUUAUAACUGUUGCUGUUUAAAUAAUAUUCUAUUAUAAGUUAAUUAUUACGUUUUUUUGACUUAUGAUUCGAACUAGGAUUCAAAAUAUUCACGGUCACCGACAAAUAAUUUUGUCCCAUUACAUUUUUUUCUUCUGCUGUUUCUGUCUUUUUUUCAUUAAAGUCACGUCCCUAAAAAUCGUUAUUCGUCCUUAAAUUUUGUUUUGUUUUAUUGAGUGCUCAAACAAACGACAAUAAUGCAAGUUUAAAUAAUUUACAUCUAACACUUACAAAAGUUAGAUUUUGAAACUGAUUUUAUCCUCAAAGUCUGAAAAAUGUUUCUUUAAAAAAUAUUUGAAAAUACAUUCAUUAUGGAUGACGAAGACGAUAAUGUGAAUGUCAUUUUACGCGACGAAGGCAGUAAAGCAAAUGAUCGACGCAAACCCGAAUUAGUUGAAACGUAUGUACAAUUGUUAUCGCGAUUGAUCCAAAGACCACCGGUUGUUGAUUUGGAUUCAAUCUUAUUUUUUAACGAACUCGGCAACAAAGACGUAAUUGAGGUGAAAGGCUCAGUGUCGAGUGGAGUUCCAUCGUUACUAGUUCAAAUUGUUACAAAGUCUAUACUACCUUCAAAAUACAAUGGCUUGGACAUGGAUGUAUUUUAUAUAAAUACUGAAAAUCAAUUUCAAAUAUCUGCUGUUUUUGAAGCUGCCCUGAACGAAAUGAGAGAGUUUGAAGGACAUAGUAAACUUGAUGAAGAAGUUAAAAGUGCUUUAACAAAGUUGAAAAUGAUUCAUUGCUAUAACUAUUAUCAAUUUUUAGUAACAAUCAACAAUCUUCAAAAUAUUUUAAUAGAAAAUAAAAAAAUAGGCUUGAUAAUUAUUGACAGCAUUAGUGCCUAUUAUUGGCAGCAGAGGGAAACUGAAUUAUCAUAUGACUCAUUUGUACUGAAAUUAUUGAAAAAUGUGCAUAAAUCUUCAUCUGAAUUUAAGAUUUUGACUCUGUACACAAAACCAAUUGACUUUGUUUCAAAACACAAAAGUUCAAAUGCUUACGAGUUGAGGAAUUUGUUGAGUUAUGAUAUUUCCUUAGUUAGAGAUGAAAAAAGUAAUGAAUUAAGUUGUAGUGUUAGAUAUAAAAAUAAAAUAAAAAUAUUAAAGUAUGAAAUCACUAAAACUAAGUUGAAGUGGCUCAUAAAUAAUAGUUGAAACAUCAUUUUUCA